UCCCCCCGCUGCCCCCCCAUCCUGUCCGGGUGACGGCGUCUCCCCCGCGUCCUCGCCGUCACUCAGCACCAUGGAGAGCCUGGAGAAGCAGCUCAUCUGUCCCAUCUGUCUGGAGGUGUUCACCAAGCCGGUGGUCAUCCUGCCCUGCCAGCACAACCUCUGCCGCAAGUGUGCCAACGACGUCUUCCAGGCGGCCAACCCCUACCUGACGACCAGGAGCGGCUCCACAGUGACGUCCGGUGGUCGUUUCCGCUGCCCGUCCUGCCGCCAUGAGGUGGUUCUGGAUCGCCACGGCGUCUACGGACUGCAGAGAAACCUGCUGGUGGAGAACAUCAUCGACAUGUACAAACAGGGCUCCACCAGCACUAAAGCGCCUCCGGAGGUGAAGGUGGAGCCGAUGUGUGAGGAGCAUGAAGACGAGAAGAUCAACAUCUACUGCGUCACCCACAGCAUUCCCACCUGUUCUCUCUGUAAGGUGUUCGGAGCUCACAAAGACUGCGAGGUCGCUCCGCUGGACAGUGUCUUCAACAAACAGAAGACGGAGUUGACGGACUGCAUCUCCAUGCUGGUCGGGAACAAUGAGAGGAUUCAGGCCAUCAUCAGUCAGCUGGAGGAAACCUGCAGAGCCGUUGAUGAGAACGGUCGCAGACAGAAGUCAAAGGUGUGCGAGAGGUUUGACCACCUGUUCGCGCUCCUGGAGGAGAGGAAAGGUGAGCUGACGCUGCAGAUCAACGCUGAGCAGCAGGAGAAGCUGGACUACAUCCGAGGUCUGAGCCGCAAGUACAGCCAGCACCUGGAGGACGCCGCCAAGCUGCUGGAGACCGCCAUCCAGACCAUGGACGAGUCCGAGAUGGCCGUGUUCCUACAGACGGCCAAACCGCUGCUGCAGAAGCUGGCGGAGGGAACCGACACAUCUCGGCUGGAAAAAGUUCAGCCCGGCUACGAGAAUAUGGAACACUUCACAGCUAACUUUGAGCGCCAGAGGAGAGCGUUGGCCAGUGUCGACUUCAUCAAACUUGAUGACGACGACGACGACGAUGAUGAUGAUGACAACAACGAUGAGGUCAGAGGGAUGACAGCAGGAGGAGCUGAAGGACUCUCAGCCAAUCAGCAGCGUCCUCUGUCUGUCCCGCCUCAGACUCCUCCCCCUCAGAGACCUGCAGAGGCCCCGCCCACACAGACGAAAAGCCCCACCCCCUCAGCCAACCAAGCCCCCCCCCCUCUGCCCCUCCCGACCGCCAGCUCCACCCCUCAGGUUCAGUCUGAUCCACAGACCGACUCGGAGGACAAAGACGGACCCAAACACGUCUUCUCCUUCAGCUGGCUCAACCAGAAGUGACACAUUUCUUCUUCUCUGCUCUUUUUAUAGAACUGCAGGACUUUUUACAUUCUCGUAUGUUUUUUUAGGCCAAACCAUGAAAUGCAGAGUGUCGUUUAAAAAAUGCUAAAGAUGACUUUUUUCCUCCGUCGGUCUGACGUCUCAGAACUGAAACCAACAACAUUAAAGUCCAGCUGAAGUCAUGUGAUCGUCCUUCUCUGCAAACACGUGUUACAUGUUGUUCCAAUGUGCUGUUAAUAGUUUUAUAUUACUAGAAAGAAGGACUCCAGAUACGUAAGCAGAAAAUAAUGUAACACUAGGGGGCGCCAUCAGUGAAAACAUAUUCUUAUAAAGUGCCAAAUAAAUGUUUGUUUUAUUAUUGA